AUGGAAGUGGCUGGUGUGGUGUUGGGGGCGCUUCCCAUCAUCUACGGCGCAGUUCAAGUUUAUAAAGAUGGCAAAAAAGGCGGCACUCGUUUUUUCCAGAAACGAAAUGGCGUUAAAAAGCUCGCAAAUUCUCUUCUUUUCCAUAAAGGGACUCUCACUGAAGUUGUAAGGAAGCUGCUUAUUAGCAGUGGAUGUGACGAUGCCGGGGAUUUGGACGAAAACCCUUUCGACUUUUUAAAGGACCCGGAUAUCCAAAAUCAGCUGCAUGACUAUCUUGGGGCAGAAACGGAGCUGGUUUUUGCUACAAAGUUGAACGAAGCUUGUAAAACCAUACAGAAAAUUGCAAGAAGCAUCGCAGGCCUUGUUCCUGGACUUAAGGACCCAACCGACGAUUUACAUAAAAUAAUAGAAGAGAAUAGGGUACAAAAGGAAAAACAAAUAGACUUUGUGCCUCGGAUAAAGCUGGUUUUUAAAGGAGAUGAUCUUGGAGACGCAAUUAAGGAUCUCGAUAGUAUUCUAGAUGGCCUCUAUCGAUUCAUUCAAGUCACCUGCGAGAAUCGUCAACCGGUAGCUGAAAAGCCAUCUCGAAAUGCAAGCAAACUCGCUGUUGGGUUCCGCCGAAUCCAGACUCUUGCCAAUAACGUGCAUUUGGCAAUCUGUCGGAGUUGGAAAAUUGGGUGUCACACUCGGCAUGACGCUAGGUUGUUCCUUGAUGAUCGACUAGAAGCAGCUGUAAAGAUUGCAGCAAAGAAGGAACCUAAAUCUGCUCUGUCCUUUCGAUUGGUUUUUGGAGCGGAAACAUACCCAUCAAAGCCGAUUUGGCACGAAACAACCGUUGAAGUCACCGGCCGAGAAGACGAGGAUGACGAUGGAAGUAUAUGUGCAGGGAGCUCAGGUGCAUGUCGAGUAACCGUCAUAGCUCCUCAAAUUAUAUCGACAAAACGGACUGUCACCGUCAUUGACGAUAUCUGCGCCACAAUCGAGGCGUUUACCUUUACCCAACGAAGGGUAAGUUUCGUUGUGGCUAAAGACCAGAGAAUCGGAUCAAUAUCAAAUGAUUUGAAUUGCUUCCAUUGCUUCUUUCAAGGGGAUGAGGUAUCCCUCGAAACUCUUCUAUCUAGAUGUCCACCGGGAAGCCGCAGCUGUCUUAUUCCCUACGACCAGCGCAUUCCGCUCGCGCUCCGGCUUGCAUCCAAUAUUCUUCAACUAUUUCGAACACAGUGGUUACAAAGGCCUUGGUGCAAAGAUUCAAUAUAUUUCCCUAUAUCGACGUCGGGUACAAAGCACGGCCCUGACUUCGGGAAACCGUUCGUAUCAGUCCCUAUUGAUAACGGCCUUCGGAUCGCGUCGACACAGAAUAACACCGAUAUCAGGAGUAUAAUAUUGGAAUUGGGAAUACUACUUCUGGAGAUAUGGCAUGAAGUUGCGUUCGAAAAUCAAUAUAAUUCGAUAAAUACAUCAGGAAUGCAUGAGCCACGUCGAACAUUUGCGUUCGAUUGGAUGAUGAAUACAACUAAUCCGCCUCCACCAUUAUACAAAGAUGCUAUUACAUAUUGCAUAUUUGGAAUAAAUCAUGGGGAGAGUCGGUAUUGGGACUCUGAAGAUCCGAAGUUAUGGAGGGCCCUGUGCCAGAAUAUCAUUCACCCGCUUUCCAAAAUUUGCAAGCUAUGGGGCGGGCCUGUAGUUGAUAUUUAG